AACCAAUUUCACACACCCCAACCCCCCUCUCUCUCUCCCUCUCUCUCCCACACUCAUUACACAUACUAAAUACACACACAAAACCCUUUUUUUUUUUAAUAAGAGAGCCCUCCUUUCUUUUCUCAGAUCUCUCUCUGUCUAUAUAUAUAUAUACACACACACAUAUAUAUCAGAUAUGUGUGUUUGUUGAAGAUUUCUCUCGAGCCAUUUUCCCUUUAUUUCAUUCUCUGUUCUGGGUUUCUCUCAUUUUUCACGCACACACACACACACUCUAAAUACAUACAAAUAUACGUGUGUGAUAAAAAAAAAAAAAGAUACAAACUUGAUAAGAUAAUACAUAUUUUAUUAGCUACCCUUUAAGUAUCUUUGACUUGCCUGUUUGAUUCUCAUCAUAAACUUUACAAACUUUCUCCUUUUUAAAAAAUUAAAAGAUAAAUUGUUAUCUUUCUCUGUGUGCGUGUCAGUGCGUGUAUAAACACACAAAUAAGUGGGAGGGAGAUGGAGAAUGUGAAAAUGAUGUUCAGUGAAGAAGAAGUGAAAGAGAUAAGUGGGUUUAAACAAGGUAGUGGUGGGGAGGAUUACGUGGAGGUCACGUGCGGAUGCACGAGCCAUCGUUAUGGUGAUGCUGUUGGUACUCUUAAAGUCUAUAUCAAUGGUGAUCUUGAAAUUACCUGUGAAUGUACUCCUGGCUGUGAUGAAGACAAGUUGAGCCCAGCUGCAUUUGAGAAGCAUUCUGGAAGAGAAACUUCAAGGAAAUGGAAAAAUAAUGUUUGGGUGAUUGUUGAUGGAGAGAAGGUUCCAUUGUCAAAAACUGCACUUUUGAAAUAUUACAAUCAAGCAUUGAGCAACGGGUCAAACAGAUCACAAGCAGGUCGCCUUUGUCACCGGGAUGAAUUUCUUAGGUGCACACAGUGCAAUAAGCAACGAAGGUUUCGUCUUCGUACGAAAGAGGAAUGUCGGUCUUAUCAUGAUGCUUUUAUAAAUGCUAACUGGAAGUGUUGUGAUAUGCCUUAUGACAAAAUAACAUGUGAUGAUGAUGAGGAAAGAGCAAGCAGGAGGGUGUACAGAGGCUGUGUGCAUUCCCCAACCUGUAGAGGCUGCACAUCAUGUGUUUGUUUCGGAUGCGCCACUUGUCGGUUUUCUGAUUGCGGUUGCCAGACGUGCAUUGACUUCACCAUGAACUCGAAAGCUUAGAAAAGGUUACAGAAAUGCCAGUGAGUUGUCUAUCAUGUUUUAGUACUUAUGAAGUUCAGAAUAACUUAUUCCUUUCAUUGAAACCAGUUCUUAUUUAACAUGAAUUUAUUGAUCCGGGUUUAA